AGCAUAUCCUAAGAGUUCAACUUCAUCAUUUGAAUUCACCAAAUGUCACAUUAGAAAGCAGUUUGGACAGGACACGCAAACUUGGCUGGUCAAUUCAUCCCUACAAGUUUGGCAACGAGACAUCGCCUUCCUCGUCACACAUGAUCACUUUCAGCCACGCUGCACCCAGCUUUACUCAGCUCGCUUGAACCAUAGCAACUCGUCUAGCUUUGUCUGAGACAUGGUUUAUGCACUUUCACGCGGCCAUCCUCCCCAAAUCCCAACUCAUCAGUAUCCCAGUCGCUAUACAUCACUUCCACGGACCUGUGAUCUCCUUCCUUUCAAUAACAUACUUUCAACUUGUGGUGCUUAGGUCAUCACUUCCGUAGCAUCUCUAUUUCUACACUGGGCUAUUGGGCCGUUCCCAGACAUCCAUAUUCGCCUUCCAAAUCUACCACAUCUCAGCUGAGCAUCUGUCCCAGCUACGAUCGCUAAUUUCGAACACAGCUUCUCAUCAAUAGCCACCAUGGCACGCGCUAGAGUACCCUUUCGACAGCCAUGCACCGCAGGAUCCAGGAGGCUCGCCACCAACCCAAUCACAUCCCGCAAAGCCAAUACUAACAACCGACCCUUGAAGCAAAUAUUCAAAGGUCUCACAAUGUCAGCUGCCGGCAUAUUCAAAGGAAUGAAUGAAGAUAUCAGCCACGAGCAACUCGCAAAGUGGAUCAAAGCCCAUGGUGGUGAAUUUGAGAACAAGGUCACCGACGACACUACUCAUCUCAUUUGCUCUAUUGAGGAAUACAAGAAGAAGAGCGAGCAAGUCCAAAAAGCAUGGAAACUGUCAAAAACCCGUUGUCAGAUUGUCACAUUUGAUUGGGUCGAAGACUGUCUUCUCGGACCAAAGCAGACCAAGAGACUUCUCAAGGAGAGAGCCUACACCCUUGAUAGAACGCUCUUUAACUUGACGAAAGGUAUCGAAGUUGAUAAGGCGGCGUUGAGAAAGAGAUUUGAUGAAAACGCCCGCAUCGCUCACGAGCUUUCGAACAGCAAUCUUUAUCACAUGUACUAUGACCCGGAUGGCUUUGAAUAUAAGAUCAUCCUCUCGCGUGUCCGCCUCGACGGAAAGACGAUGAUCGAGAAAUACACACUCUACCUGUUCGAAUCCAACGCCAAACCUCCCCACCUCUACAUGUUCGGCGCCAAAUACUCUCGUUCGCACCGCCCUCUCACUUUCUACCGCCAAGACUGCCACCCCAUGGACUUCCACACUGCAUUCACCUGUUUCAAAAAGUUCUUCAAGGAACGCUCCGGCAUCGACUGGGACGACCGACUCGAGCGGAUCAUCCCCAAGAAAAUCGAGAAUGGCAAGGUCGUAGAGCACAACUUCUUCAAGUACCUGCCUCCUCCUCAAGGUCGUCCGACGGGUUUGCUCCCCUAUGGGUAUGUCAGGCCAGAGGAUAGGGUGGUUGAGGUUGUAGAAGAUGAUCAAGAUGGAGACGCUGAUGUGGAGAUGGGAUAUGACACGGAUAGUGAGGUUGGCGGGGAUGGACAUGAUGCCUGUGGUGAGAUGUCAGAUAUUGAGGAUAGAGGAAGCGAUACCUCGGUUUGUGGAUCGAAUCCCGGCUCUGGAUUGGGGUCCAGUCAAGGUUCGACGAGUUCGGGACUGGAGUCCCAUGGUGUCAUGUCAAUCUCCUCAAGCGAUCAUAACUAUCAUCAUGAUUGUGAGCCCGGCUCAGAUUCAGAUUCCAGCGAAACUGAUAUCCAAGGUCAUUCGAAGAGUACACGGCACACGACAUUUACCUCGGUGAGUGCUGGUAGACCAAUCGGCAUGAGUGGUCACAGUAGCAGUACAGCUAUUGAAAUCUCGAGCGAGAGUGAGGACGGUGAAAGAUGA